AUGUGGAUUGUUUCGAAGCAUGAGAAGUUGCAUAAUCAUGAAUUGGUUCCACCAAGCAAGAGUUACCUUCUAAGGUCACAUAGGAUGGUGUCUAGUAAUCAUAUAUCAUAUCUUACUGAUUUGAAGAGCAGUGGUGUGUCUGUUGCAGAUGGUGUAAGAUUCCUUAAAACACAAUCAAGGGGAUCACCACUUGUUGGGUUUACAUGUAGGGAUGCAUAUAACUCUCUAUGUACCGAUGCAUUGAACAGAUUGGAUGGUACCGAUUCAAACACAUUGAUUGAAAUAUUCAAACGGAGGCAGUCAAGUGAAAGGGAUUUUUACUUUGAUUUUGAGGUGGAUUUGGAGUCAAGGUUGUGUUGUUUUUUUUGGAGGGAUGGACGGAUGAGGAGAGACAAUGAUUUGUUCGGGGACUUGUUAGUUCACGAUACAACAUAUCGUACUAACAAAUAUGACAUGAUUUGUGGACCUUUUGUUGGCAUGAAUAACCAUUGCAUGAAUGUUAUGUUUGGAUGCGGUUUUUUGAUGAAUGAGAAGAUUGAGUCAUUUGUAUGGUUGUUUAAGACAUUUUUGAGAUCUAUGGAUUACAAAAGUCCACAAAGCAUAAUGACUGAUCAAUGUGCUGCUAUGGCUGCUGCAAUUGUUCAAGUUUUUCCAAGUUCACGACAUCGGCUAUGUAUAUGGCAUAUUGGCGAGAACUCAAAGAAGCACAUUAAAGGGUUAAGAAAUCAAAAAGAUUUCCUAGAUAUAUUCAAUUGCUUGUUGAAGCAUACGGAUACAGAGGCAGAGUUUGAAUUUUACUGGACAAGAAUACAGAAUUAA